AUGAAUGGUAUCAAAGACGAGUCCGUGGAUAGUAAGCGCAAAAAGGCUUACCUCUCUUGGCACUCCACACAAGAAAUUGGCCCAGGGACUCUUAAUGAACGAUUUGCCAUCGCGGAUAUCCCAGAGCAAGACGACCGACUCAUCACUGCCGACAACAUGUUCUGCGUAGCUCAGCGGUACGCGACAAUCGCGCACCAUGUCGCCGCAGGAUCAGAUGAGCUAUUGUCUGUAUCCAGCUAA